AUGGCAAAUCUGACUUUGAGGCUUGAUAAGAUGCAACUUUCUGGUGUUCAGGCUAAAGCUGUUGCGGUUGUGUGUGAAUACUGCCAGGACAAUCAUGAGUCUAAUGAAUGUCCUUCUUUGCUGUCUUCUGAUCCUCCUCAACAAAUGCAGGUGAAUGGAAUUUGGUAUGAUCAAAGACCUCCGCCGCAAAAUAUUUCAAGAAAUCAGAAUUUUCCUUCUGGAAGUAAUAAUUUUCAGAAGAGGGUGCAGGGAACUGGUCUUGAUUUCAAGUCUAACAACUAUUUUCAGCCCCCACCAAUCCAGUCUAAGGAAUCUUCUGAUUUGGAGAAGCUAAAUCAAAUUGGCCAACUAGCUAAGAAAAUUGUUGAUAGAACUCCAGGUACUUUUCCUAGUAACGCAGUUACUAAUCCGAAGGAAGAUUGUUUGGCCAUUACAACUAGAAGUGGCAAAGUACUUUCAUCUCCUGAAGUUGAUAAGAGACUUGAUGAGGCGGGUGAGCCUGAAAAGGAAAUUGAAAAACCUGCUGAAGUAGUGAAGCCAGCUGAAAAAGAAAUUGAAAAAGGAAAGAAUGUGACUGCUGAAAAGAAUCAUGAAUUGAGUCCUGAGUAUAUGAGAGUUAUGGCACCUUAUCCUGAAAGAUUCAAGCAGGAUGUCCAGAAGCAGCAAUAUGCCAGAAAACACAAGUUGCAAGAAUGUCAGACGGUAACCCUCACUGAGGAGUGUAGUGCCAUAAUACAGAAGAAGUUUCCUCCCAAGCUUCGUGAUCCAGGGAGCUUCAACAUUCCAAUUGCUAUUGGUAAUACUGAUGUCGGCAAAGCCUUGUGUGAUCUUGGGGCAAGUAUAAAUCUGAUGUCAUUGUCUGUUUGUAAAUCUCUGGGAAUUUUUGAAUUGAAACCCACUAUGGUCUCUCUUCAACUUGCUGAUAGAUCUUUGAGGAGGCCUAGUGGGAUUGUUGAAGAUGUCCUGGUUAAAGUGGACAAGUUCAUCUUUCCAGCAGAUUUUGUGGUAUUGGACAUGGAAGAGGGAACUGAAAUGCCUCUUUUGAUGGGUAGACCUUUCUUGGCUACUGCUCGGGACAUGAUUGAUAUUGAAAACGGGAAGCUUGAACUUGAUGUUUUAGAUAAAGUGGUAGAAGAAGAGAAAUAUUUUAGUCAAGACCUUGAAAAAGAACUUGAGGCACAUGAUAUUGUUCCUUUUAAGGAAGAAAAGAGUGUUGUGUUUGAGGUUCUUGAGAAGAAGGACUCUGACAAAGAAGAUGGAGCCCCAAAAGUAGAGUUAAAGGAGUUGCCUGAAACUCUUAAAUACAUCUUCUUGGGUGAUGAGGAGACUUAUCCUGUCAUCAUUAAUAAAGGGUUGUCUGAAGAGCAGGAAAUGAGGUUGACAGAGGUGCUGAAGAACCAUAAGACUGCCAUAGGGUGGUCUAUUUCUGAUUUGAAGGGUAUAAAUCUCUCAUUUUGUACUCAUAAAAUUCUCAUGGAGGAUGAUGUCAGACCAGUAAGGCAACCUCAAAGGAGGCUUAAUCCUACAAUGAAGGAGGUGGUGAGAAAAGAAGUGUGA